GUGGCCUGGGGGAGGGGCCCACCCUGAUGCUGGGGAGAGCCGGGCGGGUCCCCGGGAGGGCAGAGAGCCCCCACGAUGUUCCUCUUUGCUCACAAGACCAAAACCCCCACCAGCACGUACACCGACUCUUACCGGGUCCCGUCGUCCAUCAAGCAGUCGUAUGAGGAGCCGCCCCUCAAGGCCUGGGAGGAGAACAAGUUUGUGACCCAGGGCCUGACUCAAAUAGCGACGAAGAAGCCGGUGGAGCAGAGGCUGCUGGAGGGGAUGACACAGCGGGCACCGAACCAGUUCGCCUCCCAACCCCCCAUACCCAGCUCCGCCUACCUGCCCCACAAAUACUGGAUCUCCGAGGCCGAAGGCGCGGGCAGAGAGGUUCAACCCGGUCUUGGAGAACGGGGACAGGUACGCGAUGUGGAGGACGGGACCCGACAACAGCGUCGGCUGGAACCGCUACUCCUCUCACCUGCCGCCCCUGCCCAAGUGGCAGGAAGCCGGCAGGGAGACGGUGUUCCGGCCGACGGCUCCGGACUAUCCGCCCAAAUCCGAACGGCAGAACGACUACGCCCCGGGGGAGCGAGAGGCGGUGGUGAACAUGAUCGACACCCUGUCCCGAAGCCAACUGCCGUCCAUCCAGGUGCCCCAGCACGUCCCGGGCCGGCUGCCCUUCCAGGGCUACGGCAGCCGCUGUACCGGACGCCACUACUGCCUGCGCGGCAUGGACUACUUCGUGGACGGCCCGCCCCCCAGCAGGCGCCCGCUGGGCCAGCAGACUGUAAGGAGUGCCCCCCCAUUCAGCCUCAGGUCAAAGAUACGCUGUGCUGCCUCAACCCUCCCUCCAUCAUCCUUCCCCUAUGCCAACCUUAAGUGGGAUUUGAGUCACUUCAAGUUUUGCGGCCCCCAGAGAAACAGCUUCAUCAUCCACCCGGACUUCGUGUCAGAAAAGCUGCCCCCGCCUGUGCCCUGCUGCUGGUAGAGCCUGCCUGCCCACCUGCCUACGUGGUCCACGGGGUCCCUGGGCCCGGGGACGGAACCGAGCCUAAUAAACGACUCGCCACCGUCCCGAG